UGUUGAUUGCCAUCGCUGCUGACGUUUCCGGCGUCUACGGGUAUGAAGUCAUGGACAUUCUACUUUACCAGCAUCCGACGCCGUGCUGGAUUAGCAACAGGGUCAAGAAUAAACUAGCCUGGUACUUGCUGACCGUGGAGGGCUGGGUCAUGGCAGCUUUCGUCACAGUGUCCCUGGCCUACCUCUCGGUGACCUGGGCCAUCAUCAGACAGGUACGGGAACAUUUUCUUUUUAAAAAAAUCUUAUGUUUAGUAACCUCGGAUCUGAAGGUAAUAUCAAAGCAAGAAGGGGUCUCUAAAGACUUUCUAUUAUGUUCACCUGGAUUGUGUGUUCGUGUGUGUCUGUGUUUGUGUGUGUCUAUAUUUGUGUGUGUCUGGGUUUGUGUGUGUCUUUGUGUGGGGAGCUGCAGAGGUGUGUGGGUGAUUGGCAUGUUGGUGGGUGGGUCGGUUGUGGAUUAGGGAUAAGGGGGGGGGGUUGCAGAAAAGAAAGAAAGAAAAUGGGGUUAUAAUGUAAAUUUCCUUUCAAAUGAAUGUGCAGGAAUAAUUCAAACAAGUUCUUCUCAUCAUUUAUCACGUAAAAGGAUAUUAUUCUACUUCAUUAAACACUGAUUUCAAAAUUAAGUAAGAUCUCUUUAAAAAAAAAAUUAUUAUUUUCUUUCCUCUUAUGUGAUGUGUUGAUUGAUUUUUUUUUCUUUGUUCGCAGAGAAAUAAAGGAAAAGUUGUAACUGGGGAAAACGUUAUAGAGGAGCUGGCGUUACGAACAGCCAAUCAGCAACUUCGCUUCAUUCCGGUAAUAUACGUAUGUACGAGAAUUUGGGGUACAGGCUAUUUUCUGUUUACACGGUACCCGGAAAACAGUCAUCUCAGGGCUUCUGAUUGGUUGCUGAUCUUAAAGGUAAUGGCAGCCAGUGUUUAAAUAAGGGGAAACAAUUCAUUACAAUGAAAAUUUGCGACACUUUUAUACAUUACCCUUAAAAUUAUUUUUUUGUAAUGCCAAACUUCUCCAGUUUACUUCGCCUUCAAGUAGUUAUAAGAGAAUCAAUCCUCAGUAUUGACAAUGGCUAUCUUUUAUAAAAAAACAAAACUUUUUUUAUAGUGAAAUGUAUUUGUUCAGCCGUUGGUCUGCCAUCUCUGAACAGUUUUCUUGCUUUAAUCUUUACUUGAUCAAUGUGUGAUUCAGAAAAUAGAAGACAACUCGAAAGACAAAUACUUAAAAAAAAAAAAAAAAAAAAAAAAAAAAAAAAAAAAAAAAAAAAAAAAAAAAAAAAAAAGCUGAUAUCCUAAUGACAGGGAUAUUAUUUUCGCUCUCAGAACAACGAAUAUUACUUACAUUAGCUCAGUAUCACUUAUUGCCAAGUAGGCCUAUACAACACAUGCAAUGCGAGCGUAGGGUCUCUCAUACUCAUGCAAAAACCGGUAAUUUUAAUAUCAGAAAAAAAAUUCCCACGAAAUCUUUCCAUCCCGAUAAAUCCCGGCUAAAAACUUUAAGAAAAUUAAUUUUCUUGCUUUAAAAUUUCAGCAAGUCACAGAUUGUCACAAAUUGUUGUUAUAGACCAGGAUAUUUACCCAGUUGCGUCUAUUCGCCCCUCCUGAGUGGUGGAAGCAAAAAUUCCAUGUCCUUACCCUGGACCUUGGUGCAGAGGCGUAGCGAUGAGGGGCAGGGGGGGACAGAUGUCCCAGGGCGCAAGCUAGUUAGGGGCGCCAAAUUGUGCUUUUAUAUUAUAUUAUUGGUAAAAAUAAUGGGUUUUAGAGUUGAAAAAAAGAAAAGGGGGUGCUUUAAAAUGGAUCUUGUCCCCGGGCGCCAAACACCCUCGCUACGCCACUGCCUUGGUCCAUUCCGGCACUUGUGCAUGGUAUUAAAUUCGAGAGUUCAUUUAAGUACAUUAGCCAUACAAAAAGGAACAAUUUAAAAAUUGUUAUAACAUUGUUGACCAUUCAAUGAAGAUAUUACGGAACCCUGUUGACCCCCCCCCUCUAUUUUUACUAAUUGUUUUUAAGGGGUUUGGGUGUUGUUUUUUAAAACUAUUGUAUGGGAUCACGUGAGGCGUGUUUUGGGGGGGGGGGUGUUUGAUAAAGCUCCACUGUUAAUCUUGUUAAAAAUAUUGUUAUGGAACCCGACCCCCCCCCUCCCCCAAACACACACACUAUUUAUUUUUGGUAGUUGCAGCUGUUCGUUUAGCUCUAGAAAAUAAAUACGUCACAAAUGACGUCAUAAGCCCAAUGGACUAAGUUAAGUCACGGCGCUAAAUAUUAGGCCCCCCUACUGUUGCGAUAACUAUCGGUUUAUUUUUUGAAAACAUGGAGCAAGAGUUAUACAGUACAGUCCAUAUGAAAAAAAAAUAUUUGUGAUGAUAUUUAUAACAGUUAUGAAAAUAAAAAGAGAUAUUAGAGACUAUCAGAAUUUACAAAUACUUACUGCAGCAUUUGUGCAUAAAUUUAAAUACACUCUCCCUGGUGCCACCCCCCCCCACCCGUGCCAUACGACUCGUACGUAAAAUCUCCGAACUCAACAACCUCGCUCCCCCCCCCCAAAAAACUCCGAACCCAACAACCCCGCGCCCCCCCCCCCCAACUAAGUGCAUACGUGCUUUAUGGAUGGCAACUUAUAUUAAAUUCAGAUCAAAACUGAUGUGAUGAACUUGGUCCAGCGAUACGACAUUUUUUUUUUGUUUAAAUGUACCCUUUGGGGGUUGGGCCCUUAAAAAGGCGUGGGGCCCCUUGACCAUGUGUCUUAGUGUGCCUUUAAUUUACUCCAUCACUGUCUCUGGUUCAGUGCAACAGACCACUAAGCAUUACUCUUAAAAUGCAUCAUUCUUUCAGAAAUCUGGAGUCUAUGUCCUUUGUGCGGGGGAAAAAAAAAUUUGAACAGCCUUGAUAAAAUCGCAUUCCAACUAAAGCGAUACUGAAAAUGUGGCAGGAAGCUUCUUAACAACUUUUUAACACUGAAGGAUAAUGCAAAGAAAUGUUAUUUACAAUGUUCCAAAAAAUGUUUAAGUAAGAUUUAUUGAAUUUCGGCUUAUCAUUUUAAAGUUGAAUUAUCUUCUCUACAACACAAGCCGCUUCAGUAUUUCGACAUGGAAUUAUCAUCCUCGGAUUUCAAGACAAGAAGAUAAUAAAAUCGCUUACAACUAUAUAUUUAUAUUGCAUGUUCAUAUAUACUUGCAGAUAAUCAUCUUGUAGCAACUCUUCCUGUUCUAGUUCAAAAUUGCGUAAAAUUUGCUUUUUAGCACAAAGUUAUAAUUAAAAUAUUAAUAUUAAUUUCGCAUUUGUUCGAGGCUGGCUGGCAAAAUCUUCGGACGGCUAAUCGACCCACUUUCCGUUCAACCUUUCGAGCUGUACUUGGCACAUAGACUCGUUGCCGGAGACAACAUAUUAUUUCAAAUUUUAAACCAAAAAAAAGGGGUUAAAGGAAAAUGACAAAACGUGUUUUCCCCAUGGUGACCAUCUCUGGUCAGUUCAUUGCCUGCAUCCACCCAUCCUUCCACUCAGACCAUCCAUCCAUCCCUGUGACGGUACAGCCCAAUGGAGGGCUUUGGCCUGCCUCACCACAUCCUUCCACGCACCCACUUAUGUAGACUAACUUUGGAUUGUGGUGAGGUGCGGCAAGAGUAUAAAAAAAUGGAAAGAGAUGUUGGAAGAAACAUUGACCCUUCAGGAACACUGUCCAUCCUCCGCCAUCCCCCCCCCCCCAACAAAAAAAAUAAAAUAAAUAACAUAAAUUGUUGGACUCCAGAUAUAAUAGUAGCUGGUAAAUGCAGAGAGUCCAAACUGUAUCUGUGUGAUCCUCACAGGAAGUAGACUUUAAAACCGUAAAUAACAAUACUAAUAGAUAGACCAAGUCAUGCAUUGUCUAAUCCAGGUAUCGGGUUGUAACUUGAAUGAGUAAUUGGUCUAAGUUAUAGUCCAUUUUGCACCAGCAUUGAUAUCAAACGCGACUUCUGUCAAUCACCGACUCACGUGACUUUGGUUUCGAUCACUCUCAAGAAACUGGCCCAUAGUAUAGAAUAACAUAAAUAUGUCUUGUAUUUCAGGCCUUCGGUGACAACAGUCAAGGCCUCGCCAACGCCAUCUUCUUCUGCCUGGCCACCCAGCAGAUCAGGUCCAUCAUGCACAAAAAACUCAAAACCUGCUGCGCGUGUUUCUCCGGCUGGUGUCGCCGGCACAAGAUCAUCGGCCCAGAGAGGUGGACCGCCGUCUCCUCCAUCGUCAGGAUGAGGAAAGGUCAGCUCCCGAACAGAAGAUCCAGAAACUUGGAUGAGAGUGAUUUGGAUUUGUCGGGAAUCUCGCUGGAGCUCCCGCCACCGGGCGGGGAUUGUGUGGACAAUGGCAAUGAGGAUGACGUCAUUUUUGAAAGAUGAGGCUUUCGGACAUGUUUUUUUUUUAAAAAUCCGUUUUUAACAAAAUAUAUCAGUAAGCUUAUUCCUGGGAACCCGGAGCUUAACCUGAGUUGUAUCUAAGUUGGGUAAAACUAGUAGAAGAGUAAUUUUUUUUUUUUUUUUUUUUUUUUUGGGGGGGGGGGGGGUGUUAAUAAAAAGUGUACCCAUGUAUGAGUACAGUACAUGCACUAUUUGUCAUGUGUUUCAAUGUUCCUUUUAGUUAUAUUUAUCUAUCAUAAUUUAUUUAUUUUUUUCUGUUAUAAAUGUAUUUCUUGAGUCUUGUCUAAAUGCAAUUCAUGAAUUCAGACUAGACAACAAAAAAAAAGGGUGGUGUUUUUAAUAUAGAUUUUAAAAAUUUCAGUGUGACAAAAAUGACUAGCCUCAUUUGUCAGAAUCUUUUUUUUAGGAGUGGUAAAAAGUCACACAACCUCUCCCGGAGAAAUACAAGUGGGCAAAUGGACAUCUAAACGUCACCAGAUGAAUUAUGUUG